UGUAUACGUAUGUUAUGAGAGGUUGUUCCGCGAAGUGUUCUAUAUUUGGAUGAAAGGCUGGCUGUAUCGAUGUCCCAGCGUCCUGCGCAGGCCCGAAGCAACUCGUCCCGGAGAUUUGCUGCCAGUCCAAUCGAAGCCUCCCACUUAGUGCAUUUCAGACUGGGGCAGUGCAUUUCAUUGUUAGAUUACAUAGAUACCGUAAUUAGUCGUUAACUCGCUAUCUCCAUCAAGAUGGGUAAGGAAAAGACGCACAUCAACAUCGUAGUGAUCGGGCACGUGGACUCUGGCAAGUCCACCACUACGGGCCACCUCAUCUACAAGUGCGGUGGUAUCGACAAGCGUACCAUUGAGAAGUUCGAGAAGGAGGCACAGGAAAUGGGCAAGGGCUCGUUCAAGUAUGCCUGGGUGUUAGACAAGUUAAAAGCAGAGCGCGAGCGAGGUAUCACCAUCGACAUCGCUCUGUGGAAAUUCGAGACUGCCAAGUACUAUGUGACUAUCAUUGAUGCCCCCGGGCAUAGGGAUUUCAUCAAGAACAUGAUUACCGGAACUUCUCAGGCGGAUUGCGCUGUAUUGAUCGUGGCCGCUGGUACCGGCGAGUUCGAAGCCGGCAUCAGCAAGAACGGGCAGACGCGCGAGCACGCCCUGCUGGCCUUCACGCUGGGCGUCAAGCAGCUGAUCGUGGGCGUCAACAAGAUGGACUCCACCGAGCCGCCCUACCACGAGGCGCGCUAUGAAGAAAUUAAGAAAGAGGUCUCUUCUUACAUCAAGAAGAUUGGUUACAACCCGGCGACGGUGGCGUUCGUGCCCAUCUCCGGCUGGCACGGCGACAACAUGCUGGAGCCGUCCGACAAGAUGCCGUGGUUCAAGGGGUGGACCAUCGACCGCAAGGACGGCAAGGUGGAGGGCAAGUGCCUAAUCGAGGCUCUGGACGCCAUCCAGCCUCCUUCCCGGCCCACGGAGAAGCCGCUGCGCCUACCGCUGCAGGACGUGUACAAAAUCGGCGGCAUCGGCACCGUGCCCGUCGGCAGAGUCGAGACCGGCAUCCUCAAGCCCGGCAUGGUGGUGGUGUUCGCGCCGGCCGCCAUCACCACGGAGGUGAAGUCCGUGGAGAUGCACCACGAGGCGCUGCAGGAGGCCAUGCCCGGCGACAACGUCGGCUUCAACGUCAAGAACGUUUCGGUGAAAGAGUUGCGUCGCGGAUACGUCGCUGGCGACUCCAAGAACUGCCCGCCUAAGGGCGCUUCCGACUUCACCGCGCAGGUGAUCGUAUUGAACCACCCGGGGCAAAUCAGCAACGGCUAUACACCGGUGCUGGACUGCCACACGGCGCACAUCGCCUGCAAGUUCGCCGAGAUCAAGGAGAAGUGCGACCGCCGUACCGGCAAGACGACGGAGGUGGAGCCGAAGUCGAUCAAGUCGGGCGACGCGGCCAUCGUGAUGCUGGUGCCCACCAAGGCGCUGUGCGUGGAAUCGUUCCAGGAGUUCCCGCCGCUCGGCCGCUUCGCCGUGCGCGACAUGCGGCAGACCGUCGCCGUCGGCGUCAUCAAGAGCGUAACCUUCAAGGAAGUUACUACAGGCAAAAUCACCAAGGCCGCCGAGAAGGCGCAGAAGAAAAAAUAACUAUGGGGCACCUCAUCAAACUCUUCGCAGCCGGUAGCCACCUCCCGCGGCGCUGCGAGCCCCCCUCCCCCGCACGCCCCCGCUCCCCCCGCCCCCCCUGCAGCCCAGUGUCACCCCCGCACACCCCCCCGGGG